GGAGACGGCGAAUGAACAACUUCCUCCCGUAGUACGCAGCAGUCUGCUUUUGAUCGAUGACAGCCAAUGCUUCGAAUUUUUAUUAAUUAUGUUUUAGCCAUUGGACUGGAAUAAGUACAGCAAGAUCUUGAAACAGGUAACUCAACAGUUUCCAGAGGCGUCCACGUCGUAUACAUAUAAAAGCGUUGUAUCAUAUCCGUUGUCUGAUGAUCACGAGCAAUUUCCAGCUGACCGACAGACUAUUCUUGAGAUGUGCAAAAGCGUUUUGACCGGCGAUCCACCAGCCGCUUUCGACCAACUGAGUCUAAAGAUGGUUCGCUUUAGGCCGCCAUUGUCUGUGAUGGAAAACGACAUCGUAUUUAUUGAUCCACUCGAAAUUGAUCAUUUGCUACCCAUGUGGGACGAUGAGCCACCGGAUCUUGAAAUUGGUCAGCAGUCUCAAUCCGAACUUGCGCCUUCCGCUUCCCCCACAACCAUACAGGAAGUAUCGGAGAUAGCAGAAAGCGUGCAGUUGUUAAGCAAAGCCUUCGAGAUGGCUCUCUCAAACCAGCAGCAGCAGAUGCUGAUCGACGAAAUCAAAAAGGACGGUCACCUUCUCCAGAGCGUCGAUUUGCGUCCCUCUAAGGUAUCCCAAGCCACUAAGAACAAUGCAUUUUGUCCUCUUGAUUGUAAUCGUGGACAGUGUCAUGUUUCUGAGAAGUGA